AUGGCACCUACUGCAGCGGUCAAUGUGUUUCGGUAUUCGGCUUUGACUUUUGGAGUACUUUAUGGAAUCCUACAUCGAAGAACUUUACAAUCUAGAGAAAACAGUCAUCGAUACUCAGAGGAAGUUCAUAAAAGGGAAGCAUGGGUAGAUCAAGCUAAACAAGCUUGGCAACGACGUCAACUACAAACUUCUGGUCAAUCAAGUGCCGUCACAGAUCCCGAUAGUCCAUUGUUCGACCUUGAAGUCUUCUUAACUCAGCUAUCUACAACUAAUCCAUGA